GGGAGAGGAGGAAGGGAAAGAGGGGGAGGAGGAAGAGGAGGGGGAGGAGGAGGACGACGACGAUUACCCGGAGGGGACCCGGGCCUCGCUAAGUUUGUCGGGACCUUCUUCCGAGGCUGCGGCGCCGGCAGCCAGAGAGGCCGGGGCUGCGCGCGGGCCGGGGGCGGAGGCUGGGGCUGGGGCCGGAGCCGGGGCGACGGGGCCGGCGCCUCUCCUCUGCUCCUGCUGCAGCCGCGGCUCCCACUACGGUCGUGGCCCCACUCGGCGAGGCUGUCCUAGCCACGCGCCCGCAGCGCCUGCAGCGCCUGCAGCGCCCGCCGCUCCCGGGUCCAUGUACUGGAAGCAUGAGAGCGCCGCCCCGGCGCUGCCCGAGGGCUGCCGGCUGCCUGCCGAAGGCGGCCCGGCCGCCGACCAGGUGAUGGCCCAGCCAGGGUCCGGCUGCAAAGCGACCACCCGCUGUCUGGAAGGGACUGCGCCUCCCGCCAUGGCUCAGUCGGACGCCGAGGCGCUGGCAGGCGCUCUGGACAAGGACGAGGGUCGGGCCUCCCCUUGCACGCCCAGCACACCGUCUGUCUGCUCGCCACCCUCUGCUGCCUCCUCCGUGCCGUCUGCCGGCAAGAACAUCUGCUCCAGCUGUGGCCUGGAGAUCCUGGACCGAUAUCUGCUCAAGGUCAACAACCUCAUCUGGCACGUGCGGUGUCUCGAGUGCUCCGUGUGUCGCACGUCGUUGAGGCAGCAGAACAGCUGCUACAUCAAGAACAAGGAAAUCUUCUGCAAGAUGGACUACUUCAGCCGAUUUGGGACCAAGUGCGCCCGCUGUGGCCGGCAGAUCUAUGCCAGCGACUGGGUGCGGCGGGCACGCGGCAACGCCUAUCACCUGGCCUGUUUCGCCUGCUUCUCUUGCAAACGCCAGCUGUCCACCGGCGAGGAGUUCGGCCUGGUGGAGGAGAAGGUGCUGUGCCGCAUCCACUACGACACCAUGAUCGAGAACCUCAAAAGGGCCGCCGAGAACGGGAACGGCCUCACGUUGGAGGGGGCAGUGCCCUCGGAACAGGACAGUCAGCCCAAGCCGGCCAAGCGCGCACGAACAUCCUUCACCGCCGAGCAGCUGCAGGUUAUGCAGGCGCAGUUCGCACAGGACAACAAUCCCGACGCGCAGACGCUGCAGAAGUUGGCGGACAUGACGGGCCUCAGCCGGAGGGUCAUCCAGGUGUGGUUUCAAAACUGCCGGGCACGGCAUAAAAAGCACACGCCGCAGCAUCCGGUUCCGCCCUCGGGGGCGCCGCCCUCUCGCCUCCCCUCCGCCCUGUCCGAGGACAUCCACUACUCCCCGUUCAGCAGCCCCGAGCGGGCGCGCAUGGUCACCCUGCACGGCUACAUCGAGAGUCAGGUACAGUGCGGGCAGGUGCACUGCCGGCUGCCUUACACCGCACCCCCUGUCCACCUCAAAGCGGAUAUGGAUGGGCCACUCUCCAACCGGGGUGAGAAGGUUAUCCUUUUCCAGUACUAACACUGCCGACACUUCCGCAUCUGUCCACGGGCACCUGCCAGCUGCCCCUCAGCCGCUGACCUCCAGCGUCCGAGCCAUGGCCGGGGAUCCAGCUGCCUCUGCAUCCACCCCGCCCUCCGUCCUGCCCAUCACCAGUUCGGCCCCCCAGGCCCGGCCUUCCCCUCUCCUGCUGAGACCCAGAACCCACCAGGAGCAUCGCUGUCCUCUUGGAAGGCAGACCACCCUGAGAUUUGGACUCGGGGUGCCAGCAACAGCCUGUGUUUUCCAUUUACACGAGAAUCAUCUUCAACUGAAGUCCAUCACAAUAGCAAAAGGCAGAAUGGAAUCAUACAACACCAACAGGCUUCUGGUUUACAGGUUUUCUUCCCCACAAUCCUGGCCUUUAUUUACACUUCCUUGGAGCCAUCUCGGGAGUUCUGAAUAGCUGACAACCCCUCAAUGUUCUCCACUCUGUUGCUUUUGUCUGGAAAACUCUACAGUGUCUGUGGGAUGUCCCCCAAAGGACAGCUAUGUUCUAAUUUUAUCAUUUCCAUCUGUCUGGUUAUGUCAAAUUAAUUCAGAAAGAGAAGAGACACUGACCAACCACGAGAGGCCCAAUAGGGCGGAGAUGGGGGCCUGCCCAGACCUACAGGCAGGAGGAGAGGUGGUGGGAGGUGGGGGAGCAGAAAAGGAGAUGGAGACAAGCGUAUGGCUCAUGGCCUGAGAGGAGGCACCAUAACCCUUUCCCAGGGAGGGAAGAGAAAGCUCGGUGUGUUACAGGGAGACCAACCCUCACCUGAUUAUCACAUUUGCAGGGGACACAGCAGAGAUGGCAUCCAUCUGAGCGAUGACUCUGGAAUGUUCUCACGGGUUGGGAUGAGGAUACUUGUUGACUUCAUGUUUGUGCCUGUUAAGGGUAUCUGGGUCAGGUCUUCUCCAAGAGGCCAGGGUACAGAACCCAAUGAUUUGGUGGUCUGAAUGUUAAUUCUGAACUCAUCUCUGUGUAGGGAGAUGGGGGGGUCCACUGCCUAGUGAGUGUGCCACAUCCAGGAUCCCAGGCGGCACCUCUGGACUUAUCCAGAGCUAGUCCCACCCACUCCUGAGUGUGCUCAUACCCACCCAUCCUGCCGCAGCUCUUCCACCUCACACAAAAGGGUUGGGGCUGCAUGCACCAUGAACAUGUUUUCGGGGAUGUCAGCAGUCCCGAGCUUAUCCUGUAAUUCUAGAACUAUCUGGCAUCCUGAUGCGAUUCCCACUAGAGGCUGCUAAUAAGCACGCUGUGGUCCAGGUUGUCCUUCCUGCUGUGGUUAACUGAGGCCAUUGCUUUUGGAAGGAGACAGGAAAAGCAAGUUCAUGGUAUGCAGGCAGCUGUUGUCUCUGUUUUUGCCCAUUGCAGACAUCGCUAAUGGAUGGCAUCACUCUGUCUCAUUAAAUCUGGAGAUGGUUUCAGAAUCCAAGUGGUUGAAGUUGGCACCUAGAGGAAAAGCCUGUAUGCCAUUCUUGCUCUGCCACCUGGAGGAGGGUUAGGCCCGGGCAUGGCUCCAGAAGGGAAACUGCUUCCUCCCCUUUCCAAAGAUGGCUCCGGCCGACCCAUGGCAAAGUGAAGUUACCACUGCGAAGGUGGCAGGUGUGGCUCCAUUCAGAAAUCACCCAGCGGCGAUUCGUGCCGACCCUGGCCUGGGUGCUGACAUUAUUAGGGCGGGGGUGGGUGGGGUGGGUGGUGAUUCCUGGCCUGGGGGAGCUCCAUUCUUUCCUUUCCCCACCCACCCUCACUGCUCCUGAUGCCCAGAGCCCCAGUUGCACUGGCUGAGCCCUGUCCAGGGUCACCCCACUCUACCUUGAGUCUGCCUCUGGGGUCUGGUCCUUGUGUGGAUCACAUGGCCGUAGCAUGUUUCAGUCCAGAGUAUCUCCAGCUCCCUGCUAAGAGCAGCCUGGGAACCGUGCAGGCCGUCAAGACUAUUUAUUUAAAUACAAAAAGGGAAAACACAACGCGCAGAAAAAAAAAUGUAAGCACUUUUUUUUUUUUUUUUGGAAAACCAAUGUCUGUUUUGUUACAUACCUUUCAUGUCGUGCUUUGUAAAUGUCUUAUUUGUGUAAUAAAUAAAGUUAAUGCAAGUAGAAGUGCUGGCACUGA